AUAAUUUGUCAUUCUUGAUAAGAUCCAAUCUUGGGAUUCCCAAUAGCAGUCUCUACCACAUGCUCAUAAAAAUGGCUUCACCAUAAAUAUUUAGUUUUGAAUGAAAAGAAAAGUCUACCAGAAAUUACUAGUUCAAAGUGUGGAGCUGAAUGCUUCUUUUCUCCAUCCCCAUAUUUAUUUUAGAGAGGUGAAAAGAGAUAACUUGAUUACUUCCAAGUCAAACAAAUUGCUCAGAGUUUCACUUCAUCCAUGGCAAACAAAGGUGUGAAGCUCUUAGGAGCAGGUCAGAGUCCAUUUGUGAACAGGGUUGUCUUGGCGCUCGAGAUGAAAUCCGUUGACUAUGAGUUAGUCGAAAUGAACCGACAUGAAAAACCUGAGCUCCUUCUCAAAAGCAAUCCUAUUCACAAGAAAAUCCCAGUGCUCAUUCAUGGUGAUAGCUCAAUCUGUGAGUCUCUCAUCAUUAUUCAAUAUAUUGAUGAUGCAUGGUCUCAUGCCCCUUCCAUUCUUCCUACCGAUCCCUAUGACCGUGCCACAGCUCGAUUCUGGGCUACUUUUGUUGAUGACAAGUUGGUUCCAUUACUCGGACAAAUUUGGGGGGGCGAAGGAGAGGAGGCUAACGCGUUGGCUUUUGAAAAAGCAAUGGAAGCAUUUGUGUUGUUGGAGGAGGCAUUCAUCAGCUGCAGCAAAGGCAAAGCUUUCUUUGGUGGAGAUGAUGUAGGUUACCUUGAUAUCGCACUAGGGAGUUUUAUUGGAUCUAUAAGGGUGAUUGAGAUGAUGAAUGGUAGUACUAAAAUCCUCAACGAAGCCAAAACUCCUCGUCUGGCCGGAUGGGCCGAGAGGCUUUACUCUGACAGCCUUGUUAAGGAUGUUAUGCUUGAUCCUCAUGAACUUCUAGAAGCUCACACGAAGAUUCAGGCCAUGUCAAAAGCUGCUUCUCAUUGAAAAUAUUCUUCUCAUUUUCUGUUUUUGUGUUUUACUAUCAAUGUUGUUAUUUUGGAAAGAUUAUUUUAUCUUUCUUUCUUAUCAUAAUAGUAUCUUUUUUCUAGUGAAUUUGUUUAUAGUUGUUGUGACAAAAUAGAGCAAUUGUGUAAUCGAGACAAACAGAAACGUAAAGAGACAAAGAUUUACGUGGUUCACCAACGUUGUGUUGGCUACGUCCAUGGACAGGAAAUGAGAACAGAUUGUAUUA